AAAGUAAACGGCGAGCUGCCCUCUACCUCCUGCCAUCCACUGCAACAAAUAGAUCCAUCCCAAUUCUCACUACACCAGUCCUCCACUCCCACUGCCACCGUCCAUCCAUCUCUUUCUUCCCCAAUUCCCUUCUAUCUCUGCAAUCCCCACUCAACCUCUGCUUCAGUCGUUUUCCCCAUUCCCCCGAAACCCUACUAUUAAUUUCCCGCCCUUCUGCGGAAAGAGAUAGUGGGUAGCCUGAAAUUGCAGAGAUGGAGUGGGACAACACCGCCGCCGCCGCCGAUCACCACCGUCAGCAGCAGCGCCAUCACGACGGUUGCAAUAACGGCGACCCAAUUCUCAAUUUCCCCAGCACCAACAGCAACACCACCGCCAGCAACAGCAUUAACGCCGCCGCUGCAGCCGCCGGGAAUAUGCUGUACGUCAAGGUCAUGACCGACGACCAGCUCCAAACCCUCCGCAAGCAGAUCGCCGUCUACGCCACCAUCUGCGAGCAGCUCGUCGAUAUGCACAAAACCCUCUCCGCCCAUCAAGAUCUCGCCGCAGGGGGGAGGCUGGGGAGCUUGUACUGCGACCCAUUAAUGGGCGGAGUGGGAGGCCACAAGAUGAGCGCCCGCCAGCGCUGGACGCCGACGCCGCUGCAGCUCCAAAUUCUCGAGCGAAUAUUCGAGCAAGGGAACGGGACGCCGACCAAGCAGAAGAUCAAGGAGAUAACCUCACAGCUCAGCCAGCACGGCCAAAUCUCCGAGACCAAUGUCUACAAUUGGUUCCAGAACCGGCGCGCCCGUUCCAAGCGCAAGCAGGCUCCUGCUGGCACUACCACCACUACUAAUAACAACAACAACAAUGGUGGUGGUGGUGGUGGGGAUGUUUCGGAAGUGGAGACUGAAGUGGAUUCCCUGCAGAUUGAUCAUCAUCACAACCAUCAUCAUCAGGACUUGAUCAUGAACUGCAGCAAUUCGAAGUCCGAGGAGAUGAUGUACUGUAGGAAUACUGCUGAAGAUCAUUGCUUUCAGACCAACCAUGUUGACCAAUUGCAUUACCUGUCUCAGGGUUCUCAGCCUUCUGCAGCGGGGAGCUACAAUCUGUAUGAUCAGGCGGCAGAUGAUUAUGGUUUGGCGGGCUAACGCUGUUGCUGAUUGUUGUUGUUGUUUGUAACAUUAUUUCCCACUAAGGCUUUUUGUUUUGGUUUCAACUUGAAUUCCUAAGUGGAGUGGGGUUCCUGUCCUUUGUUAUGUUGACAGGGGAGACUAGUUGUUUUGUCGACAAAGAGCAACCAUGGUGCCAUCCCUGCCUCGCGCUGCUGUUUGUUGUUUGUUUGUUUGUAUGCAGAGUUGAAGAAAAGAUUGAUUAUUUAUUUGAUUGAUUGGUUGGCGAUGUUAUGGGAUGGAAUGCUAACGCAUGUUCUUGCCUAUUAUAAGCAAUCUAAAGAGAAGCUC